AAGCCACAGCCUCUUCAUUUUUUUUAUUUAUGUCUGAAAAAUUGUAAAUACUUGAAUUAAAUGAGUUUUUAAUGCUAUUUUAGCUUUCUUUUUUCAUCUAUUUUUUAUCAUUUUGAUAUAAAAAUGUGAUUUCUGUUUGCCUCUAUUGUGGAUAAUUUCAGGCUUUCAAAUUCCGGCGGUUGUUUAAGGUAUGAAGGAUUUGUUUCCGUAAGCAAUAAAUAUCUAUAAGAUUUUUAUAUUUUUUUGUUCAAUGGCCAAUCUAAACCGUGAUGAGCUGAUUUACAAGCUAAUUUGCCUGUUGUAACUUGUUUUGCCUGAUUUUACCGUUUUUGCUGAUCUGUAAUUCAUGGUUGAUUAAAGACGAUUCAUCAUCAAUUUACAUUUUAAUUUACUUGGACAACUGAUUGCAUUUCACCUUUAAAAAUAGCUGAGCAAACUAGUCUUACAAUUGUUUGCUGUUGGGUGUUGACAAUUUAGAAAUUUUAAGAAACCAAUUUUUAUUUUAUUUCAAUUCUUCAUCAAAUCAUCAAAAUGAGUUUAUCAAGAUCUAAAAUAAGAACUAUUUUUGAUUGUGCUGACUGUUCCAAUACAGAUGCUGAGUGGGCUUCAGUUAAUAGAGGCGUUAUUGUAUGUGAUGACUGCUGUAUUGUACAUCGUAAUAUGGGAAGAGAAGUUUCUCAAAUUAAAUCUAUCAAGAAGAGCCAAUGGUCUUCCAGUGAACUUCAAAUGGUUAUUAAUCUCUAUAACAGUGGAAGUAACUCAAUUUGGGAAUAUACUUUGCUUAAUUCAGGAAGCAACUCUUUAACUUCAUCUCUCACGCAUUCAAUGAGAUCAUCUUUCCGUAAAAAACCAAAUCCUAAGGAUGGUCUAUAUCCAGCAAAAAAUGACUUCAUUAAGGCCAAAUAUCAGAAGCUUAAUUUUAUCAAGAAACCAGGACCCAAGGAUAGUGACAGUAAUAGUGAUGUUAGUGAAGAGCUUCAUUCAAGUGUUCGAAGUUCAAGUUUAAAAACAAGCUUACGGCUUUUGAUUGCUGGGGCUGAUCCCAAUUAUCUUCACCCUGCAAAGCAUAAUACUCCUUUGCAUGUUGCUGCCAAAUCUGGUCAACUAGCUCAAAUGGAACUGUUAUUCGCUUAUGGUGCAGAUCCGCUUAUUACUGAUCUAAAUGGCAAAACAGCUCUGGAUUAUGCUAAAAGUGCAUCACAUAAUGAUAUAGUUGAAAGAUUAAUUGAGUUUCAGUUUGAAUUGACUGACCGAUUAUCUCAUUUUCUCUGUGGUCGUAAACCUGAUCAUAAACAAGGUCAACACUACUUAAUUCCUCAAUUAUCUGAUGAUAGUAUCGAUCCUCCUGAAGACACACAUUUAGCUAAAACUAAACUUCAGGCUUUAACUAACAAACAGUUCGAGGAACUUGCCAAAGAUGUUUAUGAUGAAGUUGAUCGUCGUGAAUUAGAUGAAAUUUGGUUGCAGCUUCGCAAUCAGUCAACAGCCAGUCCAGAACAUAAUCUAGUUCCAUUUUUACCAGUUAAUCCAAUGUUCUCGUCAACGCGAAAUCAAGGCAGACAAAAGCUUGCUCGAUUUAGUGCAAAAAAUUUCACUUCUCUAUUAAUCGAUGUUCUUAUUGAGUCAAAAAGAAGGCAACUUCAUGCUCCCAAAAGUUCAGAUGCUCAUCCACCCCAUAAACUUCGAAUAACAAAUUCCCGAAUUGAAUGGUGCUUACAAAAUACCAGUGAUGAUGACACUGACCCAUUAUACGAUUCCGUUGCCUCGGAUGAUGAAAGAGAUUAUGAUGAAGUAGAAGAUGCCUCAGCAUUGAAGUCUAACCACAAAUUAGCAUCAAAUCAACAUAAGAGUGAUAACAAUAAUAGUUCGGAUCAAUAUCGCAUUUUACAAAACCAAUUGUCUAAAUCAGACUCACUUUUAAAAGAAUUGAUUGUUAGCAAUAAAGAUAUGAAGACUGAAAUCUCGACUUUGAAAAACAUUGUCAAUACCUUGGUCAACGAAAAUGCUCAACUUCGCUCUUUAGUAGUUACAUCGAAAAAUCAAACGUCUCAAGAGAUUCCUUUUACCAAUUCACCUGAACCAACAAAUGUCAGUCCUCAUCUUAAUCAUCAUCAUUAUUCUCAUGCACAUCAUUCUCCUGUAUUGGCACCUCGUUCACCAAACAAAAUUCUCAUGACUCGAGCUGCAUCUAUGUAUGACAAACCUUCAGGUGUUACGGAAAAAUCUCAAAUUACUCAUCAAACUCCGACUCACACGCCAGUUCCGCCAUCACCAGCAACAGUAUCUUCACCUCUUCGAAUACCUCAAUCAUGCAAUUCACCACAACCAGUCUCUAGAUCACCUAUUCAUGGUUUACAAGCAGCUCAUAGUAAUCAAAAGCUGGACCACGAAUCUUUCUCUAGUCAAAGCGAUUCUGAAUAUGCAGUUCUCUCGCCUAAACACAAUUCGAGUCAUCCACCAUCAUUUCCAAUAAAAGAAGAUGUUUUUCGUAAAACCGAACAAAUAACGAAAGGUAUUCAAGAACUACUUCAAGUAUCACUAGAAGGUAGACAAGAAGUGUUCAUAAAGUGUGCUGAAAAUAUUCAACAAGCCGUUUUCAAUAUGAUAGAUUUAUUUCCUGAGUCCCUGUCCGAUGGAGAACUGAAAAACAAAGAGGAACAAUUAUUCGAAAUUAUUGAAGCUUUACGUAAUAAUACUACCCGUUUAAUGUCCGAAUGUCAAGUGAGAAAUUCAAAACCAGACGGACACUCUGAAGUUGAAAAAAUUAUUGAUAGUGCAUACGAUAUCGCAAGAGUGGCCAAGCAACUUAUCAUGAUUUUAAAUGACCCUUAAUAGUGAUCAUCAUGAAGAAAGGAGAUAAUCUACAAUAUAGACAAAUUUUUUAUUAUAUAUUAAUAAUUGAUGCAGAUAAUUCUAACAAUUUUUACACAUUGAAUUAAUUUCUUGCCAGAAGAAUGAUAGAGAUGCAAUGAGCGUGUCAAAAUAUAUUCUCUAUUUUUAUCAUUAUACAAAUUCAAUCCCUAAUCUGAAAGAGUUGAAAAAUGUAAACUUGAAAAAGCUCAAUUAUCUUUAGUAAAUUUUUAAACCUUUUAAACUUUACCUUUUUUAUUAUACAAAUUGUAAACUCAAUUUUCAAAUUAUAUGUAAUUAAAUAAAACAUCAAAAAUGUUUUCCCUAAUAA